AUGGAGCCUCUAGUUGACCAUGAAACUAGAGGAUCCACAAUUAUUCUUUCUGUUUGUCUAAACUCUCUCAAGCCUCUCACUCAGCGCCACCCACUACCUAUCUUGAGUAUCGCUUCCUCGGCAACACCUGGGCGGUUCCGACUUAUAGAUUGUGAUCAGUUUCUUUAUCAUCAUUCUUUGACUGUUCAUGAGUUCUGCGAGUUCCCAGUCCCAGAAACUGCUUACGCUGCUAUUUCAUACAUCUGGCGAGGAAAUAGUGUCGAUGAAAGUCUGGUUGGCGCAAGGUUUUCCAUCGCUGGAGCCGAGGAUGGCGAUCCUGUUGGCGUAGAAGUCCUCAGACACGCAUGCACGGCAGCACUCCUGCACAACAUAUAUGAAGGCUGCGCAGUAUGCUUCAUCUUCCCUGGUGGCAUCCAGCGUCUCGUCUGCCUCGAUGAGCCGACCGCGUGGAUCCACCGCGCGUGGACACUACAAGAAGCUCUUGCCCCACCCUGCGUCGAAGUAGUAUAUAGAUGGACUCUUGGACGUGGGAUGUACGUAGGGCUGUAUCGAGGCGACAUUCAUGAGCUUAUCCCUGGCGAGUCGGCUAUAACUCCCCUUCGCGCGCUGCUGGGACUCAAUAUCUUCCCAGAGGUAACCUUCAUCGGUAGCAAAGAUCCUAUCCCAUUCCGCACAACUAUCUUUGGCCUCCCAACUGGAUCCACUCCUCCCUACUGGCCCGAGCAUAGGACUGAAAUUGUCAUAUCUAUGUUCCAGAACGCUCUCCCGCAUGGGGACGGGCCUACCUUCAACCAACGCGCACCCGCCAUCUGGCGGAGUAUGUUGUUCCGGACAUCAUCUCGUCCGGUGGACAUGAUUUUCAGCAUCAUGGGUCUCUUUGGGGUGACUCUUGACCCGCGCGCUUUCGAGCCGGAUGACCGCCUUGAUGCGACGGUCGCGCUAAUGCGCGCGAUUCUCAAGCGGCCAGGAGGUAGGGCGAGCUGGCUGGGCGUCGCACCGUACUUGCCACCGCAUCCACGACUAUCCACAAUUCCAAAUUUUCCGCAUACCAGCGUAGAUGGGAAGGUCGAACUUGAGCUUGAUUUCGCGCCCGAGAUUGGUGAGCGAAGCCAAAAUCAGCCCUUGGACCAGGUCCUGAGCCAGCAGCGCUUGUCUGUUUUAGACACUCGAAGCAUAUCGAUGCCAACUGGAAGCGUGGAUGAGGCUGGAUACCUCUGCAUCUCCAGGCCAGUGUUCCCUGGGUUAACACUUGGGAAGAGCGUGAACUAUCUAUUGGCGGACCUCAUUCUCACUCUAUGGCAGGACGAACCAGGGCUCAUGAAAAAGAACGAGCAAAGAAAGAAGGAGGAUAAUGGUAUCAUCCUGAACUGGUAUUACAGAUGUUUAGAAUUUGUUGAUCUGGAUGUGAUAUGGAUAUUCGAAGCUACACAUAGUACGGGGAUAUCAUGGGCAAGGCCCUGUUAG